AUGAGAAACGGCGGAACUAUCAGCGUUGUAAUGCUUCCAUGGUUGGCUCAUGGUCACAUAUCUCCCUUCCUGGAGUUGGCUAAGAAGCUCUCAAGGAGAAACUUCUACAUAUAUUUUUGUUCUACACCUGUUAAUCUCGGUUGCAUCAAAGGUAAACUCAACCAAGAAAACUCUCGUUCAAUUCACUUGGUAGAACUCCAUCUUCCAUCCUCGCCUGACCUUCCUCCACACUACCACACAACCAAUGGCCUCCCACCCCAUCUCAUGCCCACCCUCAAGAAGGCCUUUGAUACGGCAAACCAUAGCUUCGCCGACAUCCUUAAAUCUCUAAAACCAGAUUUGCUUAUAUAUGAUAUCCUCCAGCCAUGGGCUCCAACUGCAGCUUCUUCCCUGGAUAUUCCUGCGAUUCUGUUCUUCAGCACAGGAGCUGCCGUUCUCUCAAUCAUCCUCCAUCUAGGUAAAAGACCCGGCACUGUAUAUCCUUUUCCCGAGAUUUUCCAUCUUCAGGAUUUUCGGAGGACUACAGAGCUCAACCGUGUGACCGGUUCUGGAGCAAAUAACAUGAAAGAUGAAGAACGGGCAGCUGAAUGCUUGAAACAGUCCUCUAACGUUAUUUUGAUCAAGACUUUUAGGGAGAUGGGGGGGAAAUAUAUAGAUUAUAUCUCUGCUUUAUCUGAGAAGAAGCUUAUUCCUGUAGGUCCACUUGUUGCGGACUCCACCGAGGAAUUUGAGAAUGCGGCAAUCAUUGAUUGGCUUAACAAGAAGGACAAAUUGUCAGCUGUACUUGUUUCCUUUGGCAGUGAGUAUUUUAUGUCCAAAGAGGAGAUGGAAGAGAUAGCUCAUGGGCUAGAGCUCAGCAGGGUUAGCUUCAUAUGGGUGGUGAGGAUUCUUCAGGGAAACAAAAUUAACAAUGCAGAAGAGGCACUACCAGAGGGGUAUAUCAGAAGAGUGGGAGAGAGAGGAAUGGUUGUGGAAGGAUGGGCUCCACAGAAAAAAAUUCUAGGACACACUAGCAUUGGGGGGUUUGUGAGUCAUUGUGGAUGGAGUUCUAUAAUGGAAAGCAUCAAGUUCGGUGUUCCAAUUGUGGCCAUUCCCAUGCAAAUUGAUCAGCCCUUUAAUGCUAAACUGUUGGAGGCUGUUGGUGUGGGUGUGGAGGUUAAGAGAAAUGAGGAUAGGAGGCUUGAGAGAGAAGAGAUAGCAAGAGUGAUCAAAGAGGUGGUGGUUGAGAAAUCUGGGGAAAAUGUGAGGAGAAAAGUGAGAGAGAUGAGUGAAAACAUGAGAAAGAAAGCAGAUGAAGAGAUAGCCGAGGUAGCAGAGGAGCUGGUGCGACUCCGUAAACGAGAUGUGGCAGCGGCAUCAUAUUCAUAG